UCUUUCCUUUUCCAUUCAUCAAACAUGCACACCACUUUCCAAAAUUUAAAAAAUUCACCAUAGUAUAAACAACCAAAACACAAUAUCAUUUUUGCCUUCCAUUUUUUGAGCUUUCAAUUUCCAUGUGACAUUGUUGUAUGUUACAUAAUUCACAAAAAAAAAUAAAAAUAAAAAAUGGUUAGUGAAAUAUCCAAGAUAUCAAAGUCAAGAUCUUUCAAUUUUAGGAAAAUGUUUGAAAGACAUACAUAUAGUAGUAAUACUCAUAUGGUGUUGGAGAAUAAUAAUAAUAAUAAUAAUGGACAUGGCAAAGAGAUGAAGUUUAGGAAUUUAUUAGGUGGAAAAUCAUCUUCAGCAUUAGAAUUAAAUCAAUUAGAUAGUAUUAAUUUUAAUAAAUCUGUUGAUCCUGUUACGCGAUUCGCUAAGGAAGAAACAAGAUCAAGAAACAUUUACAAGGAUAAACAAGGUUCAGAAAUGGAAAUGAUGAAAGAGAGGUUCGCAAAGCUGCUUUUAGGAGAGGACAUGUCUGGUGGAGGAAAGGGCGUUUCAUCGGCUCUAGCUUUAUCAAAUGCCAUUACUAAUCUUGCAGCUUCUGUAUUUGGUGAGCAGAAGAAGUUGGAGCCAAUGUCUGAAGAAAGAAAAGAAAGGUGGAGAAAAGAAAUCAGUUGGCUUUUAUCUGUAUCAGAUUACAUUGUUGAAUUUGUUCCUUCUCAACAAAAAUCUAAAGAUGGAACAAACAUGGAGGUAAUGGUGACACAACAAAGAAGAGAUUUGUUCAUGAACAUCCCAGCAUUGAAAAAGCUUGAUGCAAUGCUCAUUGAUUGCUUGGAAAAUUUUAAAUACGAGAACGAGUUCUGGUAUGUGUCGAAAGAUGCUGAUGAAUCUGAGAAAGGUGUUCAGAGGGAUGAUAAAUGGUGGCUACCUACAAUCAAGGUUCCACCAGAGGGUCUCUCGGAUACAUGUCGAAAAUGGCUACAGUAUCAGAAAGAUUGUGUGAAUCAAGUACAUAAAGCAUCUAUGGCUAUUAAUGCACAAAUACUCUCAGAAAUGGAAGUUCCCGAAAACUACAUUGAAUCUCUUCCUAAGAAUGGUAGAUCAAGUCUUGGUGAUUCAGUCUACAAGAGCAUUACAAUUGAGUUCUUUGAUCCUGAACAAUUCCUUUCGACGAUGGAUUUGUCCACGGAACACAAAGUUCUUGAUCUUAAGAACAGAAUCGAGGCAUCUAUAAUGAUUUGGAAGAGGAAAAUGAACCAUAAAGACGGAAAAUCGACGUGGGGUUCAGCUAUUAGUGUGGAGAAGAGAGAGCUCUUUGAAGAAAGAGCAGAAACUAUCUUACUAUUGUUAAAACAAAAGUUCCCCGGAAUCCCUCAGUCUUCUCUCGACAUCAGCAAAAUCGAAUGCAACAAUGAUGUAGGACAUUCUGUUCUGGAGAGCUAUUCAAGGGUGCUAGAAAGCCUAGCUAACACGGUUAUGUCGCGUAUUGAAGAUGUCCUAUACGCAGACUCUCUAAAACAAAAUCCACCACUGGAAGUCGAAAAAUCGAACUUCUCAUCAGCUGAUUCCUCACCUCCACUUCCACUAAGUGGUAUGUCAACUCCCAAGGAACAAGAGGCAGAAGUGUUGAGUUCUGCUACACAAACACCGACUUUAUCCGAUUUCAUUGGUUGGGGUGUGGAGGAAGGCGACGCAGGAAUGAAGAAGAAUCAUUCGACGGGUAACUUAGAGGCUUAUUUCAAAGAUGAAAAUGACUACAAUUGCAUAGGGAAACUCGCUAGUAUUACUCCCACGAAAUUUUCCUAUAUCGACGAGAUUGGAAGUGGACUAGGAAGUCCAACAGCUCGACCUUAACAGUUUUAGGCAACGAUACUGAGGAACGAAGAAAGAAACAAGAACAAUCUCUAGGAUCAUAGAAAGUAAACGAAAUCUACAGCAGUUAGAAAGUUCACCUGUGUG